ACUGACCAAAGUCUAUUUUAAUGCUUACUGUGCGAAUAAAUAUAAACAUGUUUCGAUUUAGCCGGUGACACUAGUUGUUCAGAUGUUUGUUUUAUUUUAUUUCUAAACGGAGAGGCAUUGGUGUGGCGUUCCCAACGCGAGUGUACGAGGUGCACCUGAAGGCAGCACACUCUAACCCCUGAAAGCUCAUUCAUCACGAGUCGUGUCCUUAUCGCGCUAACCGCCGACUCUGAGCGCUAACCAGCGACAUGUGUGACGACUAAACAAGUCUGUCGUGACCUCACCUGUACAGCCGUGUCUGUUUAGCCUUUUCUAUCAGCUGAUGAACGUGAGGGACACUCUUCUGCCUCGGAGGAUCGGGAACUAACGUCUCGUGUUAUGGGAGAAACACGGAGAUCAGACGAGCGGGGGACUGUCAACAACAGCAAUGUCGGAGCUAAACGAGCCUGCCGCCGCUCUGACAGCUGUCUUUUGAUGUUAUAGCAUCGAUCAACCUAUAAUCAAGCCAUGCCUGGGAAACUGAAGGCCAAAAUUGUGGCAGGGCGCCACUUGCCUGUGAUGGACAGAGCCAGUGACCUUACUGAUGCUUUUGUAGAGGUUAAGUUUGGAAACACAACUUUCAAAACCGAUGUCUGUCCCAAAUCCCUCAAUCCACAGUGGAACUCAGAGUGGUUCAAGUUUGAGGUCGAUGACGAGGACUUGCAGGAUGAGCCGUUGCAGGUCACAGUGUUGGAUCACGACACAUACAGUGCUAAUGAUGCCAUAGGGAAAGUUUACAUUGACAUUGACCCGCUGCUGUGCAGUGAGGCUGCCUCUGUCAUUUCUGGCUGGUUUCCCAUCUAUGAUACCAUCCACGGUAUCCGAGGGGAAAUCAAUGUCCUCGUUAAAGUGGAGCUUUUUAACGAUUUGAACCGCUUCAGGCAGUCCUCCUGCGGCGUCAAGUUCUUCUGCACCACAUCCAUUCCACGGUGCUACCGGGCAGCGAUGGUGCAUGGGUUCGUGGAGGAACUUGUGGUAAACGAAGAUCCAGAAUACCAGUGGAUCGACCGUAUUAGAACUCCUCGAGCCUCCAACGAGGCCCGUCAGAGGCUCAUCUCUCUAAUGUCUGGAGAGCUACAGAGGAAAAUAGGGCUCAAAGUACUGGAGAUGGGAGGGAAUGCAGUGGUGGGCUACUUGCAGUGUUUUGACCUGGAAGGAGAGUCUGGCCUGGUGGUGCGGGCCAUAGGUACUGCCUGCACACUGGACAAAAUCAGCUCUGGAAGUGCCCCCAACACCACCACACAUAUACACCCUAACACAGCCCCUGCUUCUAAUGCCUGCAAUUCCCCAUCCAAGGAUGGAAAGGAGCCGGUAUUUGCUGAGGACCUGCUCUCGUCCUCCGGCCCGCCAACCCCUUUCCGAGCCCUUCCCACCUCCUCCUCCUCUCCUCCCCCUUUCUCUCCCUCCAAGCCAUGCAGCCGCCAGUCCUCAUCAUCAGACACAGACCUCAGUUUGACGCCCAAGACGGGAAUGGGCAGUGGGGGAAGCGCCGGGAAGGAAGCAGGGCCUUUGAAGACCCUGCUCAGACAGCAGACCCAGACAGCUCUCGAGCAGAGGGAGUUCCCCUUCUUUACCUUGACGUCUUUCCCACCUGGUUUUCUGGUUCAUGUCGGUGGAGUUGUCAGCGCUCGCUCUGUCAAACUUCUUGAUCGUAUACACAACCCUGCCUUGGGUAACACGCGCUCAUACAAACUGCUAGACUGGAAUAGUGUCACUGCAGAUGAGCCAGAGACACGCGAUGCCUGGUGGGAGGAGAUUCGCCAGGAGAUCAAAUCUCAUGCCAAAGCUCUUGGUUGCCAUGCUGUUGUGGGGUACAGUGAGAGCACGAGCAUCUGCGAGGAGGUGUGUAUCCUGUCGGCAUCAGGCACAGCAGCCAUACUGAAUCCUCGGUAUAUGCGUGAAGGAUGCCUAGACAUCGGAAUCACAGACCACAGAUUCGAGGAGCCGUCUCCCCCGAGCUGUGGUUUCUGUCACAUCCCAUACGAUGAGCUCAACAUGCCCUUUCCCGCCCAGCUCACCUACUGUUAUCACUGCAGGCGACAGAAGGUUCCUGAUGUGCUCUUCACAACAAUUGACCUGCCAUCGGAAGCAGCUGUCACGGGGAAGGGCUGCCUUAUACAGGCCAGACUGUGUCGUCUAAAAAAGAAAGCCCAGGGUGAAGUGAAUGCGACGGCCAUCUCCAACCUGCUGCCUUUCAUGGAAUACGAGCUGCACACUCAACUGAUGAACAAACUGAAGCUGCGAAGCAUGAACGCCCUGUUCGGCUUACACAUUCAGAUCAGCGUUGGAGAGAACAUGCUCCUGGGUCUGGCUUCUGCUACAGGGGUGUACCUGACAGCCUUGCCGGCACCUGGCGGCAUCCAGAUUGCGGGGAAGACUCCUGGUGACCUGAGCAAUGAGCACCACAUUCUCACCAUCCAGAAAAGGAUCAACGACACCAUAGCCAAGAACAAAGAGCUCUAUCAAAUCAACCCUCCGAAAUUAUUUGCCCUGGACCCUGAGGUGUUCUGCGGCAUAAACAUGGAGGUGAGCGAGGAAGUCGUGGGCUCUCCGAUUCCUGAGCCGAGGCAACGAUCCAGACUUUUCCGCUCCCACUCAGAGAGCUCAGACGAAGUGUCAGAACUGGACCUCUCGCAUGGCAAGAAGGAUGCCUUCGUCCUGGAGAUUGAUGACACUGAUGCUGUGGAGGACAUCCACUCCCUCCUCACUGAUGCCCCUACACCCGCAGGUUUCUACAGCUGCAACACUGAGAUCAUGCCUGGGAUUUACAACUGGACUUCAGCAGUUCAGAUGUUUACAUCAGUGAGGGUCUUUAGGUUGAGUAACGUCAAUCUUACGAACCAAGGCUUGAACAAGAUCUUCACUGACCUAUGUGAGAACCUGCUAAAGAGCUUUUACUUCAAGCUGCGCUCCAUGAUCCCCUGCUGUCUUUGUCAUCUCAACUUCACCGUAGCAGUGCCAGAAGAAGAACUCAUACAGGUCGCAGUAACAGCAGUUGCCAUGACGUUUGACAAAGACCAGACUCAGGAGAAGCCACCAGACAAGCCCAUCACCAAAGGAUGCAGUGAGACCGAAGAGCAGCUGCAGUUUCCCUUGGAGUUGUGCGCAGACUCGUCAUCCGCCAACUCUCAGACAUCAUCCAGAAUCUCAGGUGUCCCAGAGACUGCCAACGUCUCAACUAGAGCUGCCUCCGUUGAUUACGGUUCCUUUGCAGACAGAUGCAGCACCUGGCUAGAGCUGCUUAGGCUGAAAGCUCACACCAUAAGACGAGGAUCAGUUAAGACAAGUAGGAGGACACAGUCUCUAGCACACUCUGUCUCAUCUUUGGAGCGAUCCAGUCCACUGCCUGAGGGACGAUCCCGCUCGCUGCGCUCCAACCGCUCAUUUGGGGGAAGUUCAGUCACUGUGGUGAAGAUGACACCUCUCUCCUUCCUCCCUGGGACACGCAUCAUUAAAUACCUUGGGAUCAUCAACAUGUUUUUUAUCAGAGAGACAACAUCUUUGCGGGAGGAAGGCGGCGUCAGUGGCUUCCUUCAUUCAUUCAUAGCAGAGGUGUUUGCCAUGGUUCGAGCCCACGUAGCAGCUUUGGGUGGCAAUGCAGUUGUGUCCUACAGCAUGAAAGAGUGUGUGUUUAUGGAAAAUCCAAACAAGAACCAGGCUCAGUGUCUCAUCAAUGUGAGUGGCGAUGCCGUCAUCUGCGUCAGGGAAACUGACCAGGAGUCCGUUCCCUCAAAUAUCGGACAAACUUGUACUAGUGGAACAGAUGGGGCUACAUGACAGUGAAACGCAGAGCCUCACUUUGUCUGCAGGGCACACAAUCUGAGUCUAGCCGUCCAAAUAGGAGUCAUUUUGAUCUGCCUUAAAACUCUGUAAAAGAUCCAAAGGUAUGGAGACAGGUAAUAAAGAACAAGUACUCACACACUCACAAACAUGCAGUCUGUAUAAAUAUAGGAGUGUGGGAUGUUCCUCUGUUUGUUGAAAGAGAAUUUGUGCAGGAUAUAUUGAUACAGCUCUUUGGAAAUAAGGUAAUCUAAGAGUGUUUCCAGACUUCAAACAACAGCCAAAAGACCCCUCCCUCUGCAUCUAAUGUAUGUAUUACAACUGUCCAUACUGGAGUCACUCAAAGCUACAGUAUGUUGGCCAUCUUGUUGUGUGUGGGCACAAAUGAUGCUUUUUAGGCAGCUAUGACUAAUCUGUCCAUCCACAGCUCCCAGGAGGAGUCAAUAAAGGGCCAUGCCAAAAGGGACACAGUUGUAUACCAUCGAAUAAUUUCAAUUCAGAUUCUCAUUCAGUGUUCGGUUGUUUCCCGUCCGUUCAUAUCAGAGUGGCCCCAUAGUAACUAUGUCAGGCAGGACUAGUAUUUAAAUUUUAACAAGGCUGCUGCUUAAAAUAGAAAAGUUCACACUAGAAUCCAGAAACCAGACAAACCUGUGAUGCCAUUUUGUUAUAAUUAUCUACUAGUUAAUCGGUGUCCCGUUCUAAUAUUUAUCUAAGAUUAGAUUUUGUUUUAAUGGGUAAUCUUCCUAAUUACUGUCACAGUAUUGCUCACAGGCAGUAUCCUAAAGUAACCAAAUUUCUUCAGAAAGUGUCAAAUCAUGAUGUCACAGAUUACAGUCUUGUUUUUACAUGCAUCAGUAAAGGAUUACAGGCAUAUGAACAUAUUUUUGUAGGGCAAUACGUUCCCUGUCAGAACAUUUAUUCCAGUGACUAUUUUAUAAAUUAAAACUACUGGGAUUUUUUUAUUGCUUUAUCUUAAAAAUGGCUUCAAAUGGCAUGAUGUGUAUGCAUUAUAUUCACUUAUAUCUGGAUUGAAUGGGCAAAUGGUGAUGGGUAUGGUGCCAGCUGGAUAUAAACGAAACAGACAUGGAGUUUGGUUGUAAUGGAGCCCUUUAGGGUCUAGCAGCAAGGACAUUUUAUAGGAUAGUCUUUGAGGUCGAUUUUACUGAAGUAAACCUUUAGCUGUGUGUUUUGAAGCUAUUCUUGCUUUACAUGCUGUUCAAGGAUCACUUCCUGUUCUUGAUGUUUCUUGCUGUCAUCGUUAAAUUUCAGAUACCUUAUGUCAGGUGUCAUCAUUGUUGCUUUGACAUUCAUUUUCUGAGUAAUAGUCCUGCUACUGAUCUGUCCAUUGUUGAUGUCCAAUGCUGGAAAAAGAAUCUUCUGGUGUAGGUGCCACCUAUAAAAUAAACUGUGUAAAUGUUCUCUAAAAAUCAGAUUUUAGUAUUUUUGUAACAUAAAAUUUAUGAAACUUACUUGCUCGUGUUGCUUGUGCAAUCAGUUCCUGAUGUUUUCAGUCAGUGUCAGACUUAGUGGUACUCUAAUCUGUUUGUGUGAUCGGUUUCCUUUACGUGUGUCUAAAACUUGAAUGUACAUACUUAAAUGCUUUCUGACUAGCAGCAUGCAGACACACUUUUUAUUGCCAUGAAUCUGUAUGUUUGCCUGAUACGUCUUGCACAAUAAACUCAAACACAGAUA